UACAUUCCCUUGUGAAUGACGAGCACCAAACCAGUCCACCAACCCAAUAGAUGACAGUGGCGAGCUAUAAUUCGGUUACUUCACAACUUCGUAGAUACCCGAAGAAAAACGAACUGCUGUGGUCACGGUGACCAAAAUCUGUGGCCCACCCUCUGCAUCUCUGCGACAGCAUGGCGGCGUUGGAGACUCGGGAAUGUGAGACAGAGGGUUGCAAUAGCGAGGCAAAACUUCAGUGCCCAACAUGCAUUAAACUUGGAAUCCAAGGUUCAUAUUUCUGUUCGCAGGAAUGCUUCAAGGGUAGUUGGUCCACUCAUAAAUUGCUCCACAAAAAAGCAAAGGACGUUGUGAACUGUGUGGAGCAGGACACCAAUACCGACCCAUGGCCAGGCUACCGAUACACGGGCAAGCUCCGCCCUCACUAUCCACUGACUCCCAAACGGCCUGUUCCUGGGAGCAUCCAAAGACCUGACUAUGCUGACCACCCCAUGGCAGCAGAGGUGGGGCUUUUGGCAGGCAUGUCUGAGUCGGAGCAAUCCCUGAAAGGGACAUCCCAGAUAAAGAUCUUGACGAACGAUGAGAUUGAAGGCAUGCAAACAGUGUGUAAGUUAGCACGGGAAGUGUUGGACAUCGCUGCCUUGAUGGUCAAACCAGGGGUCACGACGGAGGAGAUUGACCAUGCUGUACACCUGGCCUGCACUGCACGCAACUGCUACCCAUCUCCCUUGAACUACUACAACUUCCCCAAGUCCUGCUGCACCUCCGUCAAUGAGGUCAUCUGCCAUGGCAUCCCUGAUCGCAGGGCACUACAGGAGGGUGACAUACUCAACGUGGAUAUCACAGUCUUUCACAACGGUUACCAUGGAGACCUCAACGAGACCUUUUUUGUGGGCGAGGUAGAUGAGGGAGCCAAGCGUCUGGUGCAGACCACCUAUGAGUGCCUCAUGCAGGCCAUCGAUGCAGUGAAACCAGGUGUGCGCUACAGGGAGCUUGGAAACAUUAUCCAGAAGCACGCACAGGCAAGCGGUUUCUCUGUGGUCAGGAGCUACUGUGGCCAUGGCAUCCACAAGCUAUUUCACACAGCACCCAACGUACCACACUAUGCUAAGAAUAAGGCAGUGGGUGUGAUUAAGCCAGGCCACGUCUUCACCAUUGAGCCCAUGAUCUGUGAAGGUGGUUGGCAGGACGAGACCUGGCCAGACGGCUGGACCGCGGUGACCCGAGACGGGAAGCGCUCGGCUCAGUUCGAACACACACUCCUGGUGACCGAGACCGGCUGCGACAUCCUCACGCGUCGCCUCGACGACAACGGCCGCGCCCACUUCCUGUCCUUCAUGUAAAAGCGGUUUGAAUCUGACCAGUCGCCACCCCCUGCGCCCAGCAACCC